AUGGCGGAAGCACGCGCGUGGGUUGAGAAGUUCAAGGCUGUUUCUACUCUCAGAGGGGUCGGGGGCGUGGAGAUGAUGUUCUCGAGAAGUUCGGGGCCUGGGGGCCAAAAUGUCAACAAGGUGAACACGAAAGCCACGCUUCGUUGCCCUACGAACGCGCCUUGGAUACCUGAGUGGGCGAGGAAGGAACUGGUGAAAAGUUCGCACUACGUCGCGUCGACGCAUUCGAUCUUGCUUACAUCGACGGUGCACAGAUCGCAGUCACAAAACGUAGAGGAUUGUUUUAACAAGCUACACUCUUUGAUCCUCGACGCGUCCUCCGCUCCCAUCAAGAAAGAAACAACCCCCGAGCAGAAGAAGAAAGUCGAGGCACUGAUUAAAGCAGAUGCCGUGCGGCGGAGGGCGGAGAAAACCCACCGUAGCGAUGUGAAAAAGGGCAGGAGGGGUGGGGAUUGGUGUUGA